AUGGAAAACUCUUUAAAAACUCCAAUCGACUUCGAAAAUGAUUCUAUGGAUGAAGCUUUGAUUGAUCUUGAAGAAGAAAUUUGUAAUGAUUCUGUAGAAGAAGAUUUGAGAAAUCUAGCAUGG